GCUGGUUCUCGGUGGUCUCCAACAAUAGUGGUACCGGAAAUGCUAGAGUGUACAGAAGAGUCGGCGCUUUGGUGCGCGCAGGGGUACCGGCCUUUCUACUUGCGAAACCAUUGAGAGCUUACACGUUGACGCAUUCCAAAAUGGAGAAUGGAAAUUUGCGAGCACACUACACGAAGACGACGGUGCGCGCUGGUGAGGUCCUGCGGCUGACAGCCGUCUUUCAGGACACUCGUCGGGCGCCAGUCGCUAACGGCGCAUCCGGAAUGAUUCCGGAAGGCAAGUGCUCGAGAUCCUCGGAGCGAGAUCAAUAUGCACAAUGCUUGGAUUCUCACGGACACGAGCUAUUCGCACCGCUCUCGGCCAGAGGCGAGUUUUAUGCGACCUGUCAGAGUGGCAGCCUCGACACCGGCAGCGACGCCGUGCUCUACAGGGUUCACCAGCUCGCCAGGAGGGAUCUACCCCUGAGGGUGCGUUUAGUCGCUGGACCUUUGCCCAUACCGUUGCCGCGGGAUUACAGUGGUCUGAUGCAGUUGGAGAACGCAACCAGGGGACCCAUAGUUCUCGGCUGCGCGGUGCCGCUGAUGCCCGAAAGACCUUUACCCAAUACUACGGUGCCGGAACUCCUGGAGCUCGUCGCGACCGGUCCAACCGCGCCCCGGGUGAAAAGAGCACGACUGGGAUGCCCUUCCGAGGCGAGGUUACUCGCCUCGCCAAAAAUGCAACGGUUACUUUCGGCUUGCAGAAGAGCCUUAGACCAGCGGGCGACUGAGCCUCGGGUCGCCCCGCCGAAACCGACGUCUAAUAAUAGUCAACUGAAAGAGUUGCACUUGAAGGAGAUCAAGGCAAAGCCCGAGGCGAAACCGAUAUUGCAAAGUUUGAAAGAGGGCUUGGAGCAUAUCAAGAAGACAACGAUCCGCGAUCGGAGCAACAGCCGCAACGUCGGCAAUAACCACAGUUUCCUCGACAGGAUCUCGAGGAUAGCGCAAGGUGGUAAAAAUAGAAAUCCGGCGAAGAAAUCGGCGUCUUUCACGUUCGCCGUACGACCGGAGAUUGGUAUGCGAUUACCAGAGAGAUACGCUAGUCUGGAAUCAGAAACGAAUCUGAUACAGGCAUCGCAGAUGUCUAGGCAACAGGUGCAGCGUUCAAUCUCGACGAGCGUCCUCGAGGUUCAGAGCAGUAGUCCGGACAUGGAUCCGCCGUACUCCAAGGUGAGAGACAGCCUGACGCCAUUGCCCCCUACACCGCCGCCGAAACCGGAAGAGAUCUAUGCCGAGAUCUGCGAGCUGGGCGGCGGCAAUGGUCCAUUGCGGGAUACAUCGCGGGAGGAAAAACCGCCGCCGGUGGGAGGGAACGGUACCAGAGAACGAGAUCGGGGUUACGUGAAACUUGCACUAUCCCAUUCUGAGGUGUCCGACGUGUCAGCGAGCACCGGCGAUGACGAGGAGGGCAUUUAUAAUACUGUGUGCUGAGCGCGCUUUCUUCCGUCAGGAUAGACUCUAUGUCCGUGGGGAAUCGUUUGCGACUCAUAGUAACUGACUCCAAGGGUCGACCGGAACAAAUGAUGUGACGUGUAUGGAGUCGAAAGGUCGCGGGAACUCUUCGACGCAGCUGCGGAUAUCGAUAAACGUCUACAGGCGCGAGUAGUAUUGGCGAACACUCGUCUCGAAAGGAUCGUUUCGAGAUCUUUGAAUUAAAACGAUCGAGCCAGUAUUCUCAUAAAUAAUGUAUAUUUUUUUUAAGCGAGAGAUGCGGAAAUAUAAACAUCAGUAAGUUUUUUACUGAUUGAAAACCUACCAUAUAUUUUUACGCGUGAGAUUGAAAAUUUGGAAUUAGAGAGAAUAGUUCUCCUGCGUAGCCGCCGACUUUCGAUCAUUCCGCCAUUAAAAGGAGAGGUGUACUGUUAUAAGUUCGAGAGAAUCGUACGUUUUUCGAUUUGGAAAGGAAGCGCGAGGAGAUGAAAGCAGCGUAUCGAUCACGUUUGCGAACGAGUUGACGAGGCUCGGGAUUUACGACUUGGACCACCGUCAAGGAAAUUGCUCCGUCGACGAUUUCUUUUGCCGCGGGAGGACGCGAACGUCCACUACGGGGUAUUGCGUGGAAUGAUUUACAAGGCUGUUGACCGAGGGAAAUGAUCCCGUAAUUACGGACCCCGGUGCAUGCUGCUGCAGCGGAUGUUGCGGGGCAUGCCGACCGGGGAUAGCACGCAGCUUCGCUUCUUCGUGGCUUCCGUCAUUAGAGAAUCUGUCGUCUCGCGAGAGGCGUGUUAAUAGUAGCGGGCUCUUACCGCGAUUACCUCGGUCAUGACUGCUGAGUGACAUCAAUGCCGGAAAAACGCGGCCGUUCCAUUAACUCCGCUCAGAAAAUAAUCCGUGAUCGAUGAGAUUUAAUAUUGGAAAUUGUGUACGAUCCGUUUACAAGAUAAUAUAUGAUAUCAACGUUUAAUUGAAUUAGAUUAGAUUAGAUUAGAUUAGAUUAGAUUAGAAUUAAAUUUUCUAGAUUCAAUAAAAUUUAAACACAUCGUCAAACUUGAAAGCUGCAUCGAUAAAUCUAAUAAUUUUUGACGAUAUUAAUUUUUUUUUAAAAGACUUGUUUUUUUAUUUAAAAUUCUUUUUAAAACAAGAACGAACGAAUUUACGACUAAAUUGAACUAGCUUCUUUAAUUCUUAGGUAAAAAAAUGGAAUAUAUAUAUAUAUUUUUACGUACAUUUAAAUUCGUGAUGCGGUGAUUAUAUUUAUUAAAAUAAGUUUGAUCACAUUUAUUCGCAGUCUUUAUUUGAUCUGAAUUCGGUUUAAUAAUGCAAGCACAGGAUGAACAAAUGAAAUAUUUUGACCAAUGUUAGAUUCAUACAUGGGAUCGUACGGAGGUAAUGUGAAGCAGGUCAUUGGACGCGUUGAUUUAAACUUUCCGAACACGUUCAAAGCCGGGAUAGAGGAUCGCGAGGCGCGGAAUCAACGCGACACGGAGAAAUCGACGGUAGAAUGUAAACGAGCCGGUCGGCGGCUUCUAGGAAGAGAAAAUUAUCGGCGUCCUUCGAAGGUCUAGGUCAUCAUUGGGAUCGUUCGAGGCUCGAACGCGAAGGCGGUAGCAACCUGGUCGAGCCGGGCCGAGCCGAGCCGAGCCGAGCCGUGCUUGCUCGGCCGGCCAGGGCGAUACUUUGUGACGAUUAAUCCAUUAGCUCGUCAUGCUUCGCGGCAUUUGGCUUUCUUUUCGUGUACGAUGACCCCGAAGUCGCGCGCUCUCGCGCCCGAUUGCGUGACGUUGCGCGAUUGGCUGUUAAACGCGUGAUUACAAACUUCGCCAGUACAUAGCAGAUACUGCGUUUGAAACGCUUCGAGGAAACCAGAAGACCUCCUUCUCUUUUGCUCUCUCGCUUGUUUUCUCCCCUCUCUCUCUCUCUCUCUCUCUCUCUCUCUCUCUCUCUCUCUCUCGAGUUCUCUCGCAUGACGGAGCGCUUGGAGCUGUCAGUCGGCCGUUGCAUCGAGCGAUGAUGAAGAAAGGGCGCAAAAAUCGAGAGAACGACGGACGAAGAUGCGCCUAAUGGAAAAUACCCGCGGGAGAACCGCGAGGGAACCAGGAUUUGUUUGUUGAGGAUUCUUGGAGGAUCCUAACGGCUGUAAUCUUGUCUAAUUCGACUCUUCAGCGCCUGCUCUGUGCGAGCGCAUGCUCGCGCGCGAUAACGAUGUUAUAUUUUCUAGAUUUUGUGUAAGUUUGAAUGAAGUCGUUACGGAGGGUGAAAAUAAAGACAAAGAGUUUCUAUAAC